CUCUCUCUCUCUCCCCCGAGCCUUUGAUCUGUGCGCUGAGUUUGUCCUAGCGCUGCGGCUGCUGCCCUGUGCUGGGCUGGGGUGAGACGGUGAGACAUGGUGAGCAGACCGGUGCGAGAAACACACCAGCACACCUCUCACCGGUCUGCUUUCGACUUUUAAUAGCCAAUACUUUGAUCAACAGGCUCAUUUUUACCAGCUGCAGGGUAUAAGUGGCUCAUCAAAAUGGUCUGGAUGCUUCAACACACCUUCUCACUUCUACUAACAGUGCAUGUCAUAUAUUCAGCUCUGAUUCCUGUGAGUGCUGAGGAAGAGACCAGAGAAUGCAGAGAGCAGGAGUACAAGGACCGGUUUGGGAACUGUAAACCCUGCAAGCAGUGUGAUGCGGGACAGGAGCUAUCAAAGGAAUGUGGCUUUGGUUAUGGAGAGGAUGCCCGGUGCGUGCCCUGCCGGAGCAGUCGCUUUAAAGAGGACCGGAGCCUGCAGAAGUGCAAGCCCUGCCUGGACUGCGGACUCAUCAACCGAUUCCAGAAGGGCAACUGUUCCACCAUCAGCAACGCCGUGUGUGGCGACUGUCUGCCGGGAUAUUACAGGAAGACAAAAUUAAGUGGUUUCCAAGACAUGGAGUGUAUACCCUGUGGGGACCCUCCGCCUCCUUAUGAGCCUCACUGCAGUGGCCGUGUGAACCUGGUGCCGCUGCCCUCGGUGGUGACCAGCCCGCGGGACAUGGCCCUGGCUGCGGUCAUCUGCAGCGCUCUGGCCACUGUGCUACUGGCCCUUCUGGUCCUGUGUGUCAUCUACUGCAAGAGACAGCUGCUGGAGAAGAAGCCCAGCGCGGCCUCUCUGAGGUCCCAGGAUUGUCCAUAUAGUGGAGCAGAGCUGUCCUGCCUGGACCCACGCUGGCUCCAUGACUUUCCCCAGAGACCCUGCUGCCAAUGUCACCUGGGACCCGGACACACCUGUGGUCCAGUCCACCUGAUCCCAUCUCUAUGCUGUGAUGAGAGCUGCAGUCUGGGCCGCAGCCAGGACAACAGCCCCUUCCAGUCCCAGAUAAGCCUCAGUGACGGAAAUACAAACCAGGAUGAGGAGGGCGCACCGAUGCAGCAGGGAGGAUGUGUGGAGUUCAUCUGCAAAGAGGAUGGUGGGAUGAGAGGGAGUUCAGAGCCUGCAGAGUGUUUGGGGCUACCUCAGUGCAACACUGAACCUGCAGGGAGGCUGGAGGUGGGAGAGGAGGAGGAGGAUGAUGAUGAAGAGGAACAGUGCAGGUCAAAGGAGAAUUCACCUGAGCGCACCAGGCAGAGAUACAGUGACGCUGUGACAGAUGCACUUCUUCCGAAACAGCACUCAAGUCAGGAAGGAUGACAUGGCUUUCUUUGGCUCGUGUUCCACCCUUGAACUACCCUGGACUCAACAGCCACGGACCAGAUCCUGCAUCAGAUUACUCACGCCCAACACACACGAGAGGCAGCCGGUGUGGUCACACUGCCUCUUUGAAAUGCCUGCUGCUGAACUCAGAGCCCCUUGUCAACAGAAUAUGUACAUACAUGCAAACAAAAGCACUGAGGAUAAGCAAAGCACCCGGGCAAAGGGGGGGGACGGACGGACACACACACACACACACACAAUGUGAACUCACUGGCCCAGAAGGUGAAAUUGAAUGAAGUUGAAACGUCGCGGAGCCAUUGACUUGAUACCGCGGGGUGGAUCAAGUGAGCCUCUGCUCUGCCUUGAGAAUGUCUUCCAUCUUCACAUGUAGGAGAACAAAAACUGUACUGCUGAUCUAGCAGCUGGUGUUAUGAAGCUUUUGUGUGUAAAAGGUAACAAUUUGUGGAGUGAAGAAAAGUAUCAAAAGUGAUAAUGUUGCACAUUGAAGACAAUCUUGAUAUGGAACAAGUUAAGACGAGGAAUGUCGACGAGGAAGUGAUAAACGUGUUGUAGAUACUGUAAAAUAUGAAUCGGGUCAAUAUUUUUGUAACAUAGACUUGACUAUGUCUGCUUUUCUUUCCCCAGUUAUAAAGUUGAUGGUUGUGAACGGUCACUUCCACGUAUUGUUUUUGUAAAUAAACAACUUUAACAAGUUUA